AUGGGGUUGGACAUGACACGAGUGGCGCGGGUGACGAUAGCUCGACGCCGCGACCGCCGGCUGCGGCAGCGCAAACACGGCGACGACGACGGUGACGGCGCUGGUCGUCCGUCUGCGACUCGUCGACGAGAGCACCCUCCCGCCAUUCCCUUCGUCCGUCUUCCUCGCGACGCGGUCGAGGUCGCGACACUCUCGUCGCUGUCGACGGCGUCGCCGCCUGUCCAUCAUGGACGUCAUCCGCUAGCGACCGACGUCAUCGACUCGGUUCACGUCAUGACAAUCAUUCCCACACGCAAAAUAUGA